UUUUAGGCCUAAUAUACAAGAAGCUACUGAGGUUGAGGAGAUCAUGCCACGUAGUAGGCGAACUACAUCCAAAAGUUCAGGUGUUAAGAAACUUGAACCUGCAGAAGCAGGACCGGAAGAUGUUGACAUUGUACACGAAGUAAAAUCUCGACGAUCUUCCAAGCCGACACAAGAGGAAUUAUCUACUCCAGAAGGCAGGCGGCCUCGAAGAAGUUGUACGUUAGCUCAGUCAGCAACAGUAGUAGCAGAAGAGCCUCGAAAGACCCGUGAUAGAAGAACUUCCCGCCAAAGAAGUGCAUCCCCAGCAGCUGAACAGGAGUCACCAGCUACCAGAGUGAAAAGUGUGCGGAGAAGUACAAGCAGAGUAAAUUACCAAGAAGAAAGUGAAGGAGAGGAUGCAACAUCAGUUGGAAAAAAGGAACCAGACGAAGAAGAUUACAGUGUGGAAGAUGAUGAUUAUGAAUCAGAUACUCCAGUAGAAGUAAAAACCAGAACACGAAGUAGAAAAACAUCCAGGACACCAGCUAAAAAACAAAAUGUUGGUAGAGGAAGGAGAGCUGAAUCAAAAAAAGGGCAAGGAGAUCAGUUUGUAGAAACAGAAGAAAAUGAAAACAUUCCUAUCAAGGAAGGUGAUCAGAACUUGUCAGUAAGUGGUGAAGAAGAAAGUUAUGAAACCUCUAGUAGACGCAAAACAAGGGCUACGAGACAAACCACUCGUGCCUCUAAAGGCAGUACACCUCGAGGAAGGACUUUGAGAGCUCGACAGAGAGGAAGGACAAAAACAGAAGAUGAUGGAGAAGAAGAAGAAAGUGAAAUGACAGCAGAAACACAUAUGGAAUGCAAGGUGGAAAUUGAUUCAAUUGAAGAAAAUAUAAAGCGUAAACUGGAUGAAACAUCUGAAGAUGAAUUGUCUCAUCAACAACCUCAAAAGAAAGCAAAACAUGAAAACUCAGUAAAAGUGGGUGUUAGGAAAAAGGAAGAAAUUAAUGAAGAGAAAGUUGAAACGAGUAAGGCAACUUCUGAAAUGGAGUAUGAAGAAACAGUAGAAGAAAAGGCCUCUGCAGGAAAACCAUCAGAAGAAAAAGAUCUAAAAAAUACAGUAUCUUCUGCGAGUCCUCAGUCAGAUCAAUCAGACAAGAUGGACUUUGAUAGUUCAUCAGAUAAGAUGCCCUUGGCUAAAAAUAAAAUUAUUAUUGAUGAAAAGUUGGACAAUAUUCCUUGUAAGCUACAAGCAGAAGUUACUGAAGAUAUGAAGUUAACAAAAGUUAAUCCUGGUUCUAAAGAGCUUAAAGAUAAGGAAAUUGAACAGUUUAAUCAGGAUGCUUCUUUGAAAGAUCAACAUGUGGUUGAAGAGGUAAAAAAUAGUGAUGAGAAAAACGAAAGCAUAAUGGAUACAGGUGUGAUUAAAUCUUUACCAGAAAAUGAGAAUAAGAUUCUUUCUGUAACUUCUGAAAAAGAGUUAUCAGAAACUAAAGAAAAAGUGAAAAUAACAGACCCCAAAGAAUCAGAUAAAAUGAACUUGCCCAAAAAUCAAAAGGAUACUUCAGGAGUAAGCACGAGCCAACCAUCUACAGCUACAACAGCAUGCAGAGAGAAUUUGCACACCGAAGGACACCUUGUGGAGCAGAAUGAUGCAGUUGUAAAGAAAGACGAUCAGGAAAAUUCAGCAUCAAAAGAUCAAGCUGUUGUUGAAUCGUUUGGGGUGAGUCAAAAUAAUAAAAGUGUUUCAGUUGAAGAGCCUCUUGUGCAUACAAAAAGAGAACAAACUACAAUAGUUGUGGGUUCUAGUGAAGUAGGAAAAGUGGAGACCCAGGCAAAAUCUGAUACAGAAGUUAAAGAUGCAUUUACUUCUCCCACUAUCAAUGGAUCGCUUGAAACCAGUGCUUCUGAUGUAAAACAGAAACUGUCUGAACCACUCAGUUCUUAUAUUACUGAAAGGGACGAAGCAGAAAAAAAAGAAUCCAGAUAUUCUGAAAGUUUGAAAGUUACUUCUCAGUUUGAAUCACAGCAGACAGAAAAAGAUUGUUCUCCAUUUUUCUUGAACAGGAAGGUAAUUUUUAAUCCUUCUCUUAACCCUGAAUUAAGAACUGCUCUUCAAGAAAGAACAUUCACGAUUGUUUCUUGCAGCAUUGAACUCAGAGGUGAUAACAACCAAGCCUAUACAGAUGAGUUGACCCAAGGACUGAAAGCAAUGCACCCAGAUGUCAUUUGUCUACAGAAUGUCAGUUUUGUGUACUUCAGAGAAAUACUUGAGCCCAGUCUGGGUGCUUUGGGCUUCAAAGGAGUAGUGUGUGUUCCAGGAAGUGAGAAAACUGGACUUGCAACGUUUUGCAGGUUAGGAGCUUUUCAGAUAUCCAACCACUCAGGUGUUUCGUUGUUGCGGGUUAUAGAAAAGGUUUGUAUUGUGAAAACUAUUGAAAAUUUUGGUAUUUUUUGUUUUAGUGUGUGUAUGUAUAUGGAGAGUUCAGACUUAAUUAAACUGUAAAAAGAAAGCGAUUUC